GUACGCUAUCGCCCUGCCCGCCAUGCCUCCGCGACGCGACGAACAAUGGGUAUUGGAGUGGGCCUCACCCGAACACUCACGACACCAACGGGGCACCACGUGUUGCAGGGUCGCCAUGAAGUUCAAUAGCAAGCUGUUCUUAUUCUGCGCGUGUGCUGUCAUCUUAUGUAGUGUGGCGUUCGCUGCGGAAGAGGCCUCCUUAGAAUGUUCAGAGGCGGGUACACCGCAUUGGCUGAAAUCGUCAACUGCCCGACAGACGAUAGUGGACCUCAUCAAUAAGUUAUUCAAGUGUGCUGAGAAAAGUAUCGGCAAGUAUGCAAAAAUCGGGGCGACCCUCGUCGCGGACGUGACCAGCUGUGUGAGCAAGUUUCCCAAUGACUUCUUCAAGUGUCUUGCUAAACUUGACGUACCCCAAAAAAUAUCAGAAAUCAUGAAUGAGUUCCUUGCUACUAUCAAGUGUAUUACAUAAAUCUUUUGUGGUUGAUUUGAUUAAAUAAAGCUACCUAAAGUAUCUUAA